GGUCAAAAAAGAAGGACCAUUGGGCGAGAUUAAAAAGAACACAUAUGUAAGGGAUCCUCUCACCUUUGAGUCUUUGACUGUCAUCAAUACCACUAAAAAAGAAAAGGAAGGAGAUCAGGAAGAAAUCUCAAUUCCACAAAAACGUCCUGUGAGAUCAGGUUCCGAUUAUAUCUGUUUGUGUUCUUCAUAUCAUAUAAACGGAUCGGGAUCUGCGGGAGAUUUAUAUCUGGACAUCGUAAUCGGAUUUAGUUAAAUGAUUGGGUUUCAUUGAUCUGAAGAAGCACGUGGUGCUGGAUCUAUUUUUAAAAUGGCUUCAGUGAGUGUAGUGCCUGCUUCUGGAUUUAGAGAAGCUAGGGGCAAUUGUGUCGCUGUUGAUAGAUUGCCUGAGGAGAUGAAUGACAUGAAAAUUAGGGAUGACAAGGAAAUGGAAGCUACUGUAGUUGAUGGGAACGGGACAGAAACAGGUCAUAUCAUUGUGACUACCAUUGGCGGGAGAAAUGGACAGCCAAAGCAGACUAUAAGCUACAUGGCUGAGCGUGUUGUGGGGAAUGGAUCAUUUGGAGUUGUUUUCCAGGCUAAAUGCUUAGAGACUGGUGAAACUGUGGCAAUAAAAAAGGUUCUUCAGGACAAACGGUACAAAAACCGGGAAUUGCAAACGAUGCGUCUUUUAGACCACCCAAAUGUCGUGUCACUGAAGCAUUGUUUCUUUUCAACAACUGAAAAAGAUGAACUUUAUCUUAACCUUGUACUUGAGUAUGUUCCAGAGACUGUUCAUCGGGUAAUCAGGCACUAUAAUAAGAUGAAUCAAAGGAUGCCACUGAUAUAUGUGAAGCUGUAUACAUAUCAGAUUUGUAGGGCAUUGGCUUACAUUCAUGGCAUUAUUGGAGUUUGCCACAGGGACAUAAAGCCUCAAAAUCUUUUGGUGAACCCACAUACCCAUCAGUUAAAACUAUGUGACUUUGGAAGUGCAAAAGUCUUGGUGAAAGGGGAGCCGAAUAUUUCUUAUAUCUGCUCUAGGUAUUACAGAGCCCCUGAGCUUAUUUUUGGAGCGACUGAGUAUACUACAGCAAUUGAUAUUUGGUCUGCAGGCUGUGUUUUGGCUGAGUUACUUCUCGGACAGCCUCUCUUUCCAGGUGAAAGUGGAGUAGACCAGCUUGUUGAAAUCAUCAAGGUUUUGGGUACCCCAACUAGGGAAGAAAUCAAGUGCAUGAAUCCGAACUACACAGAGUUUAAAUUCCCCCAGAUUAAAGCUCACCCAUGGCACAAGAUAUUUCACAAACGCAUGCCACCUGAAGCUGUUGAUCUUGUCUCGAGACUUCUGCAGUACUCGCCUAACCUUCGAUGCACAGCUCUGGAAGCCUUGAUCCACCCCUUCUUCGAUGAGUUACGGGACCCAAAUACUCGUCUGCCAAAUGGACGUUUCCUGCCCCCACUCUUCAACUUCAAGCCUCAUGAACUGAAGGGGGUGCAGAUGGAGAUUUUAUUGAAAUUGAUUCCAGAGCAUGCGAGAAAGCAAUGUGCAUUCCUGGGGUUGUGAUUUGGUACCAUGUAUCUCCUGUUCCCCUAGGACUAAGUUUUUCACUUUUGAGAACAAGCUGGCGGCCCUGUAUACAAGGAUCAGAUCAAGUUGAGCUCUGCUUUGAACCCGCCUCCCAUGCUUUCCACCCCCCCCACCCCUCUUCUCUUUCCCCCAACCAGUUGUUACAUUUUGUUUUGUAAAAACAGACAGAAGAAUCUGCUUAAUCUUUCCCAAAACCUCGUUGGGUCUGCUGACCCUUGUUUCUAAACACAACACAGGUUGUAACAUUUUAUAGAAAAGAGAAGCGAUUGGCUUUCCACUUUUAAGUGAUUUAUUGGACGUACGAAUCUGAUGGUAUUAAUGUGAUCUGCAUCUUUUCCUU